AACAACAGCAGCAGCUGGCACAGCAACAGGCGCCAAUAUGACAGUCACCGCCUCACCUCACCAGCAGCCAGUUGCUGACUCGCUCUCAGCAGCACGUACGAGUACCGCAGACGAGUCAAUACGCACCACCAAAGCCUCUCAGCUGGUGUUGGUGGACAUCCCCUCAUUAUCACACCCCCUUGGUUUCAAGGAGAAGAUAUCUGUUGCUUGUGCCGAGAGAAAAGAACAGAUUCUAAAGAAAGAAACCAACGAUAAGGAGGGUCUAGAAGUGUACGGAAUGUUGAAGGAAGGAACAGCGUCCAAGGAUUACCUACAUGGACCAAUGGGUGCAGGAACAAAGCCUAAGGUCAAACUCAGGACCGGCGACAUGGGCCUUCGAGAACGUCGACGAAGACAUAGGACGGUAGACAACGAAGACGACGAGUUCAAAUGUGAUGGCGGAUUCGAAUGCGAAGACCAUGUUCACGUAGUCACGGAAUGUCCGUGGGAGAUGUUUGAGGCAUGGAAUAGAGAGGAAAGGACGGUAGCUGUACUGGGGCAUAGGAGGUGGGUUGACAAGGCGGGAAGGGAUAUCGUUAGGAUAGACAGACUAGGGAAGACAUUUUUGAGCCACCUUUGGCAAAGUAGAAAGGAACGAUUGGCCAUCGAAUCUAAAGAAGAAACCAACGAUAAGGAGGGACUAGAAUUGUACGGAAUGUUGAAGGAAGGAAUAGGGUCCAAAGAUUACCUACAUGGACCAAUGGAUGCAGGAACAAAGCUUAAGGUCAAACUCAGGACCGGGGACAUAGGCCUUCGANUAGAAUUGUACGGAAUGUUGAAGGAAGGAAUAGGGUCCAAAGAUUACCUACAUGGACCAAUGGAUGCAGGAACAAAGCUUAAGGUCAAACUCAGGGCCGGGGACAUGGGCCUUCGAGGACGUCGACGAAGGUAUAGGACGGUAGACAACGAAGACGACGAGUUCAAAUGUGAUGGCGGAUUCGAAUGCGAAGGCCGUGUUCACGUAGUCGCGGAAUGUCCGUGGUACAAGAAGGAGAGGGAAUAG